CGUCGCGGGGCGGCCGGGCACAGUCUGCUGGAUACUCGGUAGUGAGUUAGUCCGAGAAGCGAGCCUGAAUCUCUGCGGUGCAGAGCUGGAAAGCUGCUUCUCAGCAUAUUCAGACGCCCGACGCUUUUUGCUUAUUGGUCUCCACGUUGUUUAUUUUCCUGGUGAAAAGGACUUAUAACGACAAAGAAGAAGCUUUUUUAUCUUCGGGGGGACUGGUGCCUUUUACUUUGUCGCUUAUACGUGGUGUUUCUUUAAUUUAUGUCUUUUUUUUCUUCUUCUUCCCCUCGUCGAACACACUUCUACUGAAGAGACUGAGAUUGUACGUGCUACCUCCUGCCCUGGUCGGUGUUGCCAGAUUAGUCCUGCUGAAGUGGGCUACAUGACGCAAAUUCCGAUGUCGUUAGAAGAGCAUUAAGUUUUAAACUUUGCCUCUCUACUUUUUCUCGCAUUUCUUUUUUCCCUGUGCCCCGUUGCACAGCGUCUCAUGCUUUCACCAAACUGGUGCGUAGCGGCGGGGGAGUUAUAAGAACUAUUGCAUGAGACAAGAAAGGAGAGAAGAACCUCUGAACGGCAAGUCGCUCUGUGCGUCGUUCGACCUGCACCCCUUGCACAUCUGCACAAAAAGACUCAGCAGCAGCAGCUGCAGCAGUAGCAGUAGCACCAUGAGCACUGAGAUGAACAUGCCUGCCGAGCUGCCCAACAGUCCUCUGGCUCUGGAAUACGUCAACGACUUUGACCUGAUGAAGUUCGACGUGAAGAAGGAAGGCCUGGCCGGACUGGAGCGCGCCGGGGUGCGCCAGUGUAACCGCCUCCAGCCCCAGGGCUCCGUGUCCUCCACCCCCAUCAGCACGCCCUGCAGCUCGGUGCCCUCGUCGCCCAGCUUCAGCCCCGCGGAACAGAAGAGCCACCUAGAGGAGCUCUACUGGAUGCCCAACAACGGCUACCACCAGCAGAUGGACCCCCAGACGCUGAGUCUGACCCCGGAGGACGCAGUGGAGGCCCUGAUCGGAGCCACGGGCCACGGCCACCCUCCUCCCCCGCACGCCCAGCAGCAGCUCCAGCAGCAGGGCAGCUUCGAGGGCUACAGGGGGGCCCCGCACAACCAACACCACAACACGCACCAUGGCCAUCCCCAGCACCACCAGCACCACCCGUACGUCGGCGGCAUCCCUCACCACUCCGACGACCUGGGAGGGCACAGCCACCCGUCCCACAACCAACACCACCAUCACCACAGCCAGGAAUCCGACAGCCCGUCCCCCAUGUCACCGGACGAGCACCAGCCACUGCACCACCACCGCCACCACCACCACCAUCAACACAUGAGCCAGUCGGGCCACCACGGCUCCGGCAACGUGGAGGACCGCUUCUCCGACGACCAGCUGGUGUCCAUGUCGGUGCGGGAGCUCAACAGACACCUGCGAGGCUUCACCAAAGACGAGGUGAUACGUCUGAAGCAGAAGAGGAGGACCCUGAAGAACCGGGGCUACGCGCAGUCCUGCCGCUUCAAGCGGGUGCAGCAGAAACACGUGCUGGAGAACGAGAAGACGCAGCUGAUGAACCAGGUGGAGCAGCUCAAGGCGGAGAUCCACCGGCUGGCGCGGGAGAGGGACGCCUACAAACUCAAGUGCGAGAAGUUGGCGGGCCCGGGGGCCGGCAGCGGGUUUCGGGAGGCCGGGUCGACGAGCGACACCCCGUCUUCCCCCGAGUUCUUCAUGUGAGUUGUAGAAGCCUUCUUUUUUUUUGUGACUCUCUUCAUCCCUCCAUCCCCAAAAACGAUGCUGAUGAACAAUGAAUAAUAACCAACCCACCCUUCCAUACCUGUUCAUGGUUCUACUAAUAACGGGAGAUUAUAUUCAUAAUAGAAGAAUAAUACAUCAAAUACUAUUUCCAUAUAUACUCAUCUCGUCCUCCGCGGGACAACCGAGAUACAAAGAGCGUUGCGGGAUGUUUGUUCGGUCCCACGGAUCUUUGUAGAUUAGUUGCUUAGUGUAAAAAAGAAUAUGCCACUUUGUCCGUUUUUUUGGUUCUUCAAAAAGAUGACACGUUGUUAAAAAGCAGGCCUCGUUCUCAUGCAGCCUGCGAAGCAACGCAGAGAAAAGUUGGGAGACUCAAUCAAAAGUGCCCCCCCCCCCCCCCCCCCCCCCCGUAUAUCUGUAAUCCAAGAGAUUUUUCCGAAAGCAGGACUCUUACAUUAUGCAAACUUUACUUCUGUCCAACAAUCCCUACACUUUAUGCAACAUCUCAUUGAUUUAUUGCCUGCUUGGUUAUAUUCGAAUAUAUAGUGUAACAAAAAAUCUGCAUUAAAUAUUAAUCCUGCAUGCUGGACAUGUAUGGUGAUAAUUUCUAUUUUGUACUUUUCAUCUUCUCGUGUAUAUUAAGAGCAUGUUGUUGAUUGCGCUUCUCCAUAGUUUGGGGGUUAGACGAGUAAUGCAACGGGCGUAGAACAGCAGGACUGCCGGUGCAGUGGUGGAGGUUUCUUUUGGCUUGUAAAUAUUAUGCAACCGCAAAAAAAACUGCACACCAAGAUUGAGGAGGCUGGUUUGAACUUCUUUCUUUCUUUGUGUUGUGUUUUUCUAUAUAUAUUUUUUUCACUUGGGAUAUUGAUUGAGAGAUGUGGGCAUUUUUUCAGUUGCAUUUAAAUACAACAAACUUUGUGUGUCAAGUGCACUUUUGGUUAACUAUUUCAAGUUUUCAUUUUGGAUUUUGUGCAAACCCCCCUCCAGGAAUUCAUCAAAUGCUUCGUGAUUAUUAAGCAAAGCCAAUAAUUGUGGACAUUUUAGGAUCAUUUUAGACUCACAUUUACUACUGCCUUGCGAUGCUGAAGGACGCGACAGUUUUAAACGGCCUGACACCGCACUAAGUGAUUGUUAAAUUGUUCUUAAAAUAAGCUACUCAAUUAUCAAUUUGACAUAAUCUGGAACAUGCCUGCAAUUAAAAGUGGCUGUCUACUCCUGCCUCUAAUUUGAAUGCGACGUGCAGCCUGCUAUAACACUUGCGCCACCCUGACCACAUCACACACACCGUCAGAAUGAUCUCAUUCACUUGAUGGCGCAUCCUUCAGAGUCACCUGUGCUACAGCGGGACCACCUCAUGUUGUCAACACACACGUACUCGACAAAACACACCGCUACCAAAACGUCGACUAACCUAUGUCAGGGAUUUAGCAUUAGGCUCCAGUCAACAGGUAUUUAGAUAACGCAUGCAUUUGUAAUACAUUGUAAAACUAUUGAUGCUGUGUUUUCCUGAUUUUUUUUCUCUGCGGGUCAGUUAAAAAAGGGGAAAGAGGUUGUACAAAGUUUCAAAAUGAAAACUCUGUGUAUAUGUAAUACAUUUUUUUUGUUUUGUUUUAUUGUUGAUGAUUCUGGUUCUGCUGGCCAGAUGCAUAGUUAAAGUUUUUAUUUUAAUGAUUUAAAUUAACGAACUUUCAGAUCAUAUCAAAUAAGCAUGGUGCUUGCAUUUGAAACUAUUGUUGGAAAGUCAUGCAUUUAACAAUCUUUGGUUUGUUACUGAUUCAACUGUGUUGAAAUCAAAUUGAAACUGCAGCAGCGGGUUGUUGUUCUGUUUUUAGCAAUUCCAUGUAUUUUGCGAUGAUGGGGAUCAAUUUUCAAUCCUGUUUAUAUAAAUAAGAGUAAAACAACUUAAAUUUGAACUGUUGUAGUUCCAUUCAGGCUGGUUUCUGUUUUGUCUUAUUUUCUGUUGUUUUUGGAAGAAAUUGUUUCCUAUUUUGCUUAUUAAAGUCAUUGAAAUGGCA